AGUAGCGCAUGCAGGGCUUGUCUUCAAAUGCGCCUGAUCUAACCAGGCGGAUGAAAGUAGACCGAGGCGCGUUGUGUGUGGGGAGAGAGAGGAAAAAGUUCUCAACAAGGAGAGGCAGGACUACUCUCGCGGAGCCCCUGCAGUCUCACUUUGUAUGCCUCUAAAUAACUUUUCCUUCCCUUCUUUUGCAAUUUUUUGCCCUGCAUCGCCGCUUUUACGUUUCCGAGAGAGAAAUAUACUUUUUCUAUUUUUUUGACUAAGAAUUGAAAGCACCAGCACCAUGGAACUGCUCUGCCUCGAAAUGGACACCAUCAUAAGAGCUCGUCCCGAUCCGAACCUCCUGUGCGAUGACAGAGUCCUGCAGAGCUUGUUGACCAUAGAGGAGAGGUUUCUCCCGCAAUAUUCCUAUUUUAAAGGCGUCCAGAAAGAUAUCCAGCCGUUUAUGAGGAGGAUGGUCGCUACUUGGAUGUUGGAGGUUUGCGAGGAGCAGAAGUGCGAGGAAGAAGUGUUUCCCCUGGCCAUGAACUACUUAGACAGAUUUCUAGCAGUGGUACCCACCAAAAAGUGUCACCUGCAGCUGCUGGGAGCAGUGUGCAUGUUUCUCGCAUCCAAAUUGAAAGAGACUCGUCCACUAACUGCAGAGAAGCUUUGCAUCUACACAGAUAACUCCAUCAGACCGCAGGAGCUGCUGGAAUGGGAACUGGUGGUGUUGGGAAAGUUGAAGUGGAACUUGGCAGCAGUAACGCCGAACGACUUCAUCGAGCACAUUGUGAGGAGGCUGCCGCUGCCCGAGGAUAAGCUGGCACUUAUACGCAAACACGUCCAGACCUUUAUCGCCCUCUGUGCCACAGAUUUCAGAUUCGCCAUGUACCCUCCCUCCAUGAUUGCCACAGGAAGUGUGGGGGCAGCGAUCUGUGGCCUACAGCUGGAUUCAGCUGACCAGUCACAGUGGGGCGACAGUCUUACAGACCUGCUGGCCAAAAUCACAAACACAGAAGUGGAUGUUCUCAAAGAGUGCCAGGAGCAGAUUGAGCGCGUGUUGGUGAGCAGCCUGCGGGAGGGGCGGCAGCAGCAGCAGCAGCAGCAGCAGACGCAGAGAGGUCCCAGCGGGAAAGGCCUGGACGAGCUCGAUCAAUCCUCCACACCAACAGACGUCCGCGAUGUCAACUUGUGAACCACCAGAGGGCACCCAUUGCACAGGAUUUACAAAAAAAAAAGCAUCAUGAAAAAAAAAACUCAAUUUCUUAAAA